CCUCUGGCUUCCGACAGCGACUCACCUCUCCUCCGCUCAAUCCGCAAAUCUCUCCGAGCCGCUCGCGGUCAGGACCCUUCCACCCAGUCCAUCUAUUAUUCCCCAAGCGCAGACGGCGCGACCGGAGACGAGGUCCUCACCUGGGACUCCUCGACCGUCACUCUGACCCAAGGAGGUGUCCUCCACAAGAAGUGGUCUUUUGCAGACCCUGUCCAAUGGGCAUGUAUCGGGUGGUUGUUCCAGUCCAGCCUUGUCCACACAUCUACUCCCUCCACCCCCGCCUACUACCGAGAGGAUCCUAGCGAGAAGAUGCCGCUCGAUAUUGAUCCCAGUGAGAGACCCAUCUUCGGUGCCUUCGCACGCGCUCGCAUGGAAAAGAAACGGGAGGAAGACCGAGAGGAGCGUACCAGAGGCGUCUUCGUCUUUGUCCGUGGCCAGACCAAGAUCUACAUGGACAACGGAUCCGAACACACUCUCAAUCUGCCGUUUCUCGUCCGACGCGCCUGGCCGGUCGAACCCCACGGUCUCUUCAUCCAGCGUGUCGUCGAUACCUGGGAGCUUGAGGAGAUCAAGCAGUCUGGUCAAGCCGGAAUCACCACCAUCUUCACCCUCACCAGCCCCUUCUCAGAGCCUGCUGCCAUCGGCCUGACAGACGGAAUCAAGGGCGACUAUGCUGGUGUUCCUUUGGAGUUGAAGCCCGACUAUUACUCUGAUCCGGUCUCCCUGCCACCCGAUGAGCGUAUCAUUUGGGUGUCCCAGCAUGCUUGGAAGUUGACCGACAAGCUCAUCGUUACGCUCAAUGCAGAGCUCAACCGUGUCACUAUCUGGCGAUAUGUCUAUGCCCCGCCGCCUCCUAGCUCAAGGAAGUCUAAUGCCCGUCCGACCACGCACGCUCAGCACGCAAAACGUUCCUCGAUGUCGGGGAACACGUCCGCCCACCUUCGACAGUCCAACGCGACGACAGACGACCUCCACCUAUCUCCAGGUCGACCAGACACAAAACGAACAUCUGCUGUUCCGGGAUUGGCACCAACCCUCACGACGACUACGACUAUGGAAGAGCUGAUGGGCGGAGUCGUAGGAGGAGACCUCUCAAAAAAGUCUCACUGGAACCCUCCUUUCCCACUGAAGACGGAUCCAUCCGGCAAGCUUGACUUGAACACAUGGAGGGCGUCUGAACCUGUCAAUCUGGAUGACGUCCCCGACCCUGCAGAGGAGAAGCGCAUGCAGUCCCAGUUCUGGGCUGAGAAACUUCACGAAGAGACCCUACCGGAGGCUGCCAUCGCUGAUUAUGAGAACAUCUCUGUCGCCGCGUUUGACGAGCGAUGGGAUGGCAAGAAGACCCGGUCUCUCCUGGGUAUCUGCUUUCGCGCGACGGCUACUGUGCUGAUAUAUGCACUCGAGAGGCGAGACGACCUGACGAUGGGCGUUCAGCCCCUGACGCGGCUUCCUGCACUCGCUAUUGCAACCGUCCGCGCGACCCGCGACUUCGUAGCCGAUCUGCUUCUGUUGAAGCCGGACGGGAAGCUCGCUCUACUGGUUCACGGGACAUUCGAGCUACCACUCUCCGUGAAGCUGCCGGUGAUCCGCCAUGGACGCUUUAUCAAAGGUCCAAACAAGUCGCAUGUCGUUGGGCUCGCUAAUCCUGUGUACUCCUCUGUGUCCUUGCAACUUUCCGAUGAGUCGACCGUCCGCGUCUCGUUAGAUCUGAUUCCUCGGGAUCAUUUGGUCUCCGAUUGCCUCCUCAUGCUUUCGUUCGUCUUUCCAGCAGACAUGUUCUUCAUUCUUCAUCGAACGUUCAUGGCGGAAUGGGCUGCAACAGGUUUUUCGUUCAUCAUUGGAGUCGAGUUCAAGAUUUUCGAGACCAGUUUGCUGCAAACACUUGGCCUUGAGACGGAAGGACCUCUUGAGACGCGUCUCGCAGACGAUCCUUGGAUCCGGCUCUCGGCGACGGAGUCGUUCGACAAAUUCCAAGAAGAUCCAGUUCUCCGGAAGCUGCAGCUCCCUGGUCCUCGACCUGCCGAGAACUGGCGAAAACCUUCGAGCAAACCGCAUCCCCUUGUCAGCGCUGCACUACACGUUCUACACCUCGUUGCAGAAGAAAAAAGAGUAUUCCUCCCCAGCUACGAGGGCCUCCCUCGACUGACGCCACUGAUUUGUCGGCUCGCUAUGAUCGUCCGUCCGGAAUGGGCGGACUACUGGAAGCGAUUUUGCCCCAAUGCUAUGCAGGCAUGGCCUAUUCCUUCAGCGACAGUGCCAGAAUACAUCGACGACCGCCUGCCCGUGUGGCCUGCGGACAUGUCGAGCAUUCUCUACGGGCGCAUCAAUAACCCGGAGUGGACGCUCCCUUGGCUAGAGAGCUGGAACUUGCACACACUUUAUGGAUAUCCCGCAGCUUUCGUGUUCGGGCGCCAGGAACCGCUCACUCAUUUGCAGGCCUUGAACAGGAUCUACAUGGCUUUGUCGGAUGGGAAGACGCCUGACAUCCGGAAGCGCGCCGAGGCAGGCUUGCGUGCCAUGGAGGAGACUGGAAUCACUCCCACCAUUCUGCAGAACCUCUCUCUUGGUGUGUCCGCCCCGUUGCGGGAGGCGUUGCGAACAGCCCAGCUUUCACCUGCCGGCGACUGGUCUGUGCCGAUCUAUCAGCUCAUUGGCAGAAACGACUUGGCAGAAGGCUUCAGCUCGAAUCCAGCCGUCUUCGCGAACAGCGGGUAUCGCUCCGUGCGAGAGAUCUUGCAUCCAAGCGUCCCUCGCAAGACAUGUCGUCAGCUAAUCGAAGAUGUCCAUCGCGUCGUUUCCAAGGAUCCGACGAAGACCACGGGCGUAGAGCUCGACACGAACGACUUCACGCGGAUCCGCUUUGGACAAGACAGGCGGCUUGAAGAGAUUGCGCGUAUGCUUUGCUCGGCUACUAUCCCCCACAUACGUGCCAUAGAAAGGCCAGAGCUCAAUGAGGCAGAGCAAUUGCGGGAACAGCAGCACCAAGUCAUCAGAAUGACCGAACGGACUCUUGCGCUGCCGCUGGGACGUGCGCUCUUCACUUUUGGGACCAUCCCGAUAGUGACGAAGGAGUCCUUCGCGAUUCCCAAGUUCGAGUUUUCUGUGCGCAUACAGCCAGGCAAUCUAUUACUCGCCCCCGAGGGUGGCAAGAUUCCGCCGGAGUGCUUAAACUGGGGCGAAUUCCACAACGGUGUUGCGGCUGGCCUACGCAUCUCUGCCCAGGCUCAGUCCGUAGAGAGUUCUUGGAUCAAGUUCAACAAGCCCAGCGAGCUGACCCCUGAACACGCCGGCUUCCUUUACGCCCUCGGCCUCACAGGUCAUCUACGAGAGAUGCUCACUUGGCACACCUUCGGCUAUCUUACGCCCAAGCACGAUAUGACGUCCAUUGGCGUCCUCCUGGGUCUCGCUGCAGCUAACGUAGGUACCAGCAACCGACAUGUGACGAAACUCAUCGCGGUCCAUACGCCUGCAUUGCUGCCUACCCCUGACGUGGACCUCAAUGUACCCCUCAUCACGCAGUCGGCUGGACUGAUGGGCAUCGGUCUUCUGUACAUGGGAACGAAGCACCGUCGGAUGGCGGAAGUAUGCCUGAAUCAGAUCAGCAGGCGAGACCUCUACCAGCCUGACAUCAGCAACGAGUACCGUGAAGCCUACACCCUCUCUGCCGCCCUGGCUUGUGGCAUGGUCUUGCUUGGGAAGGGAUCCUCUAUCCCUGCGGAUCUGGUUAUCCAGAGACGUCUACGCCUACUCAUCCAUGGGGAGCCUCGUUUGGUAGACAACGGGAGGCCUGCUCGUCCGACGUUCGACGUCAACUUGACGUCUCCUGCGGCCACCGUCACCUUGGCCUUGAUGUAUCUACGCACAGAGCGUCAAGACGUGGCAGACAUCCUCACGAUCCCGGACACGCUCGAAGCGAUUAACCAGAUUCAACCCAGCUUUCUCAUGCUCAGGGCGAUGGCUCGUGCGAUUAUCAUGUGGAACACCAUCCAGCCGACGAAAGCUUGGCUCAUGGGCCAACUGCCUUCUGCGGUCAAGGCCGCUAUGGACGCACGGUUUCGGGGGAAACAGGUGGACGACGGCUACGAGCUGGCUUACUACAACCUUCUCGCUGGCUCCUGUUUUGCCAUAGCGUUGAAGUACGCUGGGACGGCCCGCGAAGAAGCAUACCUCCUCCUGGUCCAAUAUUACGACAUGUUUAGUCAACUGGCAUACACCAACAGUAUGGCGUAUGACCAGCGUAUUAAGCGCUCCGCGAUACGGGAAGGCCUCAACCUCAUCUCCGUCAGCCUUACUAUGGUCAUGGCUGGCACCGGGGAGAUCAACUGCCUCCGACGUUUACGAUAUGCUUACGGAAUGUACAACCAUCCUAUACGCUAUGGUUGUCAUGUUGCCAACCACAUGUCUAUCGGUCUUCUCUUCCUGGGCGGCGGGCGCUACACCCUCGGGACUUCGGACGCUGCUAUUGCGUGUUUGAUUGCAGCCUUUUACCCUCGAUUCGCUCCCGUCUCCUCCGAUAACAAGAGCUAUCUGCAAGCUUAUCGCCAUCUCUGGGUUCUCGCUGUUGAACCAAGAUGCCUCGUGGCCAGGGACGUCGAUUCGCGAGAGGUCGUCUACGUCCCAGUCAAGAUCAAGAUCAGGGAUGGAAAGGAGAUUGGCAAUGUUCAGCUCAUUGCACCCACGCUGGUACCAGAGGUCGACAAGCUAGUCUCGAUCAGAGUAGAUACUCCGCGAUACUGGCCCUUUUACCUGGAUAUUGCCAACUCGCCGCGUCACAGGGACUGCCUCUUGCGCAGUCAAACACUAUUCGUGAAGCGACGUACAGCGUUCCUCAGCUACAUGGAGGAUCCCAAGGGUAGCCGAAGCUUGUUCGUGCGCUCUGGAUCCUCCACAGGUGAUGCGGCGACGCUGGAUUUCCCUAGGACGACUGAUCUCAAAGCCCAUCCCGCCAGCGAUCUACACCACUUCAUUGCGUCCUCCUCUAAUGAUCCGCUAUUCCUCGCUUUCGCCGACCGCUUUUGCAAGGACGACGGGGAGACGCCGGACGAACGACGCUUCCAGUCAUACUGCCACGCUGCACUACUCGACAGCAUCGUUCAGGACAAGCCGCAGACCCUCCAAUCACAUCUCUCCAUCUUCCACAUACGCACCGUGUCCCCAGAGUCGGCUUAUUUCACGAUGCGACUUCAAGACCUCAGGUUCGCCGCGGAUUUUUAUAGCAAAAUUUACGAUCGCAGAUUCAGUGGGAGAACGGAGAAUAACAGUAGACCUCCGCUGAUAAGGGAGAACACACUCCUGGGCACUCUUCACGUUCUAGACGUCAAUCUGGACGCUAUCCGCUCGACGACCCUGUUUCAAUCAUUCCUCGCCCACUACGCUCGUGGGGAGGGCAUUACCGGACAACAGGAGUCGUCCGCGGAGAGGAUGGCUUCCCAUCACUUGUCGUGGUAUCUUCAGCGGAAUAGCGUACCAGUGUCAACGGUGCUUGUUGUCCUCAGAAGUCUCGCCCGAUCCGCUCACGACCGGUGCAUCGUCGCUCCGCCGCCCGAUGGCACUACUGACACGGAUGUCUUGGACCAAGGGAUCAAGGAGCUCCUGCAUGCAACCGGGACCCAGAUGUCAACGACUAUGGGAUCCGGAUGGACGAUGCGCUCAUUGGACGAAGUGAUCGCUGCUUGGAGCGUCGAUUAAAGUCAGUCGCGCGAUAGAGAAGUUGGUUCAUGGAGGCAUACGACGGACCGGGGAGAUAUGGUAUUGUUGCCAACGAUGCAUAUCAGCUGAGUGCUCGUCAUCUAUAGCGCGUUCUUCCGUAUCACUGUUGUAUUUUCGGCCUAGCAUUCACGUAGGAAAUGCGCGGACGGUCUACGGGAGAUAUUUGUGUCGUGAGAUCGCCGUCGGACGCAAACCACGCAGUUUUCAAGAGGUUGGUGCAGGAAGCAUAUGCUCCACAGCUCCGGCAGAAUGGCGCUGAAAUCGUACCGUGCUGGCAUAAUUGUUAGUCAGCGUUACGGGUAGUAGUAUCAUCCAUGCCCGUUGACCGCCUGCGAUUUGUCGUAGAUUUAGUUGCGAACGCACCUUCAAACACUUGAGCUGCGAAU